AUGGCGGCAGAGCAGGCGUCCACGCGCGCCCACGCCGACGGGGCGCGCCUCGGCGAGGCGCUCGCGCAGCUCGCGGCGGCCGCGGCGGCGCAGUCCUCGCUGGCGGCGGAGCGGGACAGGCUGGCGGUGACGGCGCAGCACUACGCGCAGCUGAAGCAGAAGUAUGUUCAGAAGAGCACGAUGCUCAAAGAGGCCCUGGCGCGCUGCGCGGCCAAGGAGACCGAAAACGCCGAGUUGGUGGCGAUGUGCGACCAGCUGCUGCAGCAGCAGGAGGCGCGGCGCACCGGUGAGGGCGGCGGCGGCAGCCAGAGCUAG